AUGGCUUCAAUUAUUUGCUUUAAACUAUUAGUAAUGUUAUAUCUUAUAAAUUUGUGUUCUGCUGGUAUUGGUGAUGUUAUCGUUUCAAAAGACAGAGAAUAUGAAGUCAUACAUUUUAAAGUUCCCAAUGCUAUUUGGAAGCAAGCGUUAGAUCCCACACCUAUUCUGAAAUCACCAGUUACUAUAGUUUUGCCCAUACAUGUACCUCAGGAUGAUGACAAUGAAGUUUUAGAGGAAGAAGUAGAAGAUGAAAUUCAAGAAACAGUUGAAGAUGUUACACCAGCUAAUGUUAACGAUGAGGUGGUUAUUCAAGAUGUAACACAAAAUCCAGUCACAACAAUUUCUUCUGUAAGUCAAGGACCUAUUGAAGAGAACGUAGUUAACGACACACCCGGCGAACAAGUUAAUGGUCAAGUUGUAAGAUUUCCUUGUAAUUGCGUUAAACGACAAUGUGGGUGCUGUACAGGAUCGAUAUUAGAAAGAUUUAGCAUGAAGGCAUGUGGUAAUAUUACAUUUGUACCCGAAGAUUUUAUUUUUGACGUUAAAUUAAGCGUCAAUAAUAAUACUGUUGUUCGACGUAGAGUUUCAGCAAGUGACCCACCUCCUAUUUGUUUUAAUCCGAGAAGAGCACCUUUUGUACGUGUUUGCGCAGAAAUUUCUGAUAUUCGUGUCAGAAACGGAAAUGCAUUUGCGUGUAUGGACAUAAAUGCGGACAUUGCUGGUUUUCCUAUUUACUCGGCUUCAUUUAGAUGUUUUGGAUUUGGAAAAUCCGGUGUGCAAACAGGAUUAAAGCCUAAACCUAUAUCAUCCGGUCCAAAGCCUGUUAAUUUAUUUGGCAAUGGAAAUAAUGAAGAUAGUGGUGGAUUUUUGGAAAAUGCUGCUGGAACACUGUUAGGAGAUUCUAUGAAAAACGCAACACAUUCAAAUGAAUUAAAAGGUUUGGAGGUACCAGAAAGUCAACUUUUAAUAAGCCGCUUCAACUUAAAAAAAUUAGCGAUAGCAGAUCAAUACUCAAGACAAAAUCAAGAAUCGACAGAAGAAGAUACUAUUCUAAGAAGACCCUGUUUAUGCUCCUUGGGCGUAUGUAAAUGUUGCACAGGAUUAAUUUUAGAUUUGUUUAACCAAAAAGCUUGCAUGAAAAUUACUUAUCAUCCGGGUGAUUUUGCCUUUGAUGUAGCGAUGUCAAUGAAUGACAGAGUCCUUUAUGAAAAUUCUUUGUCAGGAAAAAACCCUCGGCCCGUAUGCAUAAGUCCGCCGAGAAUGCCUAAUUUGAAAGUCUGUGCGAGAUUUUAUAACAUAUUUUUUCCCGGAAGGAACUUUCAUUUUUGUUUAGCAAUGAACGGUCAAUGGCGUUCUGUUGAACUUUUCAAUCUUGCGUUUGAUUGCUUAAGGAUGGGUGCAAACGGCAUCGCGAUGGUAAAGCCUGAUGAAGGUGGGGGGCUUCCAAUACCUAAUCCACAUGGUGGUGUUGACGCUGUUAUUGACGCUGGCGAAGACGAUAUUGAAGAGUAUGAUGACAGCUUAGUUCGAUCGCUAUUCGACGUUUUGGAAGAUUAG